GCGGGAAGAGGCGGCGGCGAUGGCGGCGCGGCUGGAGCGCGCGCGGGGGGCGCUGGCGGCGCUCGAGGCCGCCCUGGCCGUGGAGGAAGAGGAGGGUGAUGUCCCCACCCUGGUCCUGGUGGAACAUCAAAUGGACACCCGGAGGAAGCAGAAGCUGCUCCUGUCCCAGCUCCGGGUGCUGAAGCUGCUCCUGGGGGUCAUCGAGAACCCGGGGCUGCCCCUGGCCCCCUCCAACCUCCGCGAGGCGGCGGCGCAGGCGCGGGGGCGCUGGCGGGAGCUGAAGGCGAGCUACGGGGGGGCCCUGGGGGUCCUGGGGGGAGGCCGUGCCCCCCACCCUGACCCAGCUGGAGCGGGGCCGGCAGCUGCUGCAGCGCGGGAGGGGGCGGCCCUGGGGGCACGGCUGGAACAGCAAGAGGAGCUGCAGGUGAAGCUGCGCGAGGCCACAGAGAGACGGGACCAGCUGCUCCGGCGGGUUCAGGAGCGGCGCCUGCAGCGGCUCGAGCGGCGGGGGGGGCUACAGGAACUGAGGGGGGCGGCGGCCAGGGCGGGGGCCUCGUGUCACCUGUACCAGGCCCUGGCGGGGGUCCAGGUGCUGCCCCCCUCCCCAGGGACCCCCCGAGCUGGAGCUGGAGCUGGAGCUGGGACCCCCCCCCCCGGCUCCCCCCAUUCCCUGCCCCCCCACCACCUGCGCCUGUCCCCCGGGGGGGGGGUCCAACUGCAGGGACCCCCCCUGGGGCUGCCCCCUCCCCUGGGGCCGGGGCUGCUGGAGCUGCAGCAGCGCUGCUGGGGGGGCUGGAGCCUCUGGGCAGAGGUGACGCACCUGAGGAACAGGUUUGCCCUGGACUGGCAGCCGGAGUUGGGGCUCCUGCAGGUGCUGGGGGGUCCCCAGGGCUCCCAGACCCUCUGGACGCUGGAGCUGGAGCCGGGGUACCCCCAGAACGGGGGGGUGCGGCUGCUGCCCCCCCCCAAGGGAGCCCCCCCCAUCCCCGCACCCCCAGACCCCCCAACCCUGACCCGGUGGCUGGAGCUGCUGGUGGGGGGGGGAGCUCCCUGA